UUCUUAUAUGAACUGUUUAAACAAAUACAUUUUGAUUUUUGUGUUCCUUUAAGAAAAGUGAUUUAUUAAUAUAACAAUAACAACAAUGUCAAAUUUUCCAAAACACGAUUUUCAAUUUGACUACACCCCAAUGUACAUUAUGAUAACCGUGUUUGUGUUAUUUGUAAUAUUGGCUUCAGGUUACGCAUGUUAUUACCAACGCAAACAACAGGAAUUGCAACGAGAAUUGGCGGCACAAGGUUAUUCAAUUGGCGUUAUGAAUAUUGGCGGACGAGAAGGAUUCAUUGCAAUACCACCUCAACAACCACAAGUUGUACAAGUGCAACAGGUACCACCACCCGGACCACAGUCCCCACCACCAUAUAAUUCAAACUAUUCCCAGGCCUCUGGAUACACUUCAAUCUCGGACCAAACGAAGUAUUAAAUGUAUUUAAUGCUAUUUUGUAAAUAUAAUUAACAUUUAAGAUACAGAUAUACCAGAAUAUAUUGUGGAUCUAAGGGCGACUUUUUAGACGCUAAAACCUCGGCUUUUUGGCUAUUGUAUUUAUUUUGAAAAUGGAUAGCGCAAAUUGCAAUUGCACUAAGAGAAAAGCGCCCUAAAAUAUCGUCACAUAAUUACGCUUUUACUAA